AUGGACGCAGAAAUCCAAGCUUCCCUAGAAGCAGUCAUAGACUCCAAUACUGCAUCAGACUCGCCCACAUCCAGCAAAACCACUCUUAAAAUCAAGCCAUCCAAAUCUAAUCCAAAAGCACCCAAGACUCCUCGUGCGGGUAUAGUCCGAAACUCAGCGGCGGAUUAUCGACGUCGAGAAGCCAACAGACUAGCAGCUGAACGAUCUCGAUCACGUACUGCCGAAAAAUACUCUACGCUCAAUCAGACUUUUGCUUUACUCCAGGAUGAAAAUGAGAAACUCAGAUUUCAAAUUGCCCAACUGGAAAAUAACAAUGUGGAUGACAACACAAAUACAGUUUCGAAUGAUGUUUUAGUUCCUGAUUCUCAACCUCAAAAGCAACAAGAGGAAGAAGAAGGUGAUACGUCAAGACAACAAGAACAGGAAGCUCAUUCAAAUACUAUCCUGGCUGCUUUGACAGGUAUAACAGGAGUUGAAUUUACAGAUCCACAGGCGCACGAAGGAGAAGAAGAAGAUAAUGAUCAUAGUUGGAUACAUAAUAUUGAAUCCACUAUAGAUGCAGAAACGAGUGGUAGAUUGGCGGAAUUGGCUGUGGUAGCUACUACUGGUACCGGAACUGGACAAGAUCAAGAAGGUCAUCAAGCUGAUAUCGAGAGUGGAAACGUAAACAUAAUUGGAUCCGAUCAAGUUGGAAAAAGUCAAUCAUACUUGAGUAAUGAGAAUGAUCAAUCACUCGUCUCUUCACCAGUGAACAACCCUGUCAUCGCACUAGCAGCAGCCAUCAACACUGAGAUCGAAAGUAUCAUUAUGGAAGAUCUAGCAUUGACCAAAGCUGCUAUUGCAUCAAUCGAGAAACAGAUAGAGGCUUUAAAGCAAGGUCAGCAACCUUCUUUAGACAAUACCGAGGAGAUCGAUAGAUUCCUGCCGGAUUCAGCUCUCAUCGAAGAUGUCAAUAAGUUAUCUGUCCAUUCGACGGAAUAUGCCCAAGAGAGCGAUGCUAUACAAAGUAAAUUACCUCAAUUACAUGAUGAACUGGUCAAGCUUCGAGACGACAAAGUGAAUGAGGAGAAGAAAGUGGUAGAUUUGGUAAAUGAAGUUAGGAGAUUGGAUAUCUCAGAUGAAAGCGAGAAGAAUGCUUUGGUAGAUGGUCUGAAAGCUUUAGGAGGACUGGUCGAAAGUCUCCUAAGUGAUGCGCGAGAAGGCGAUCUUUCUUAUGCUGUUGGAUCAUACUCUACUCCAGCAAUUGCACGACGUCGUAGGGGACGACCUCCCAAGGGUGAUAUCUCACGAACCUUCUACCAAUCGUUCUUGCUCAAACAUCCCCUUUCUCCCAAAUCUGACAAGACGACAGGAAGCGACGAUUCGAAAGGCGGUAGGACUCGUGGGACACGUAAGCCGAGAAGAAGCAGAUUGAAGGAUUCGACGAAAGAUGACGAAGAGAAUCCGUCGGAGAAUCAAGAGGUGGAAGAGAGAUUACGCGCGAUUCAAGCUACGCUCCAAGCACAAGAUCAAGCUCGAACUCCAACACAGUCUCACUCGGUGGCUCAAGAUGGUGAAGAACGCAUUACGAAAGAGGGGGCGCAAGAUGAAGGAAUAACAUCUGCAGCUGUUGAUCGGGCGGAAGCCUUCAUCUUAUCUCAAUUAGCUUCGCAAUCUCAAGACCACGAUGGCGAGAAUGGAAGUGAUAGCGUCAAUCAUUCAAGCACUUCCUUUGUGGAUCUAUUACCUGCUCAGGAAGAGUUGGAAAGACAGGUCAACCAACAUCGACAAGACCAACAACAACAGUCCACGCAAGAGCUUUCGAAUUCGAUUGAUCCUACUUUGACUCAAACUCACGGGAUCAGUGAGAGUGUUUUAGCAAGAUUGAAGAAAGGUCCUCCGGGGAGCUGCGAUGUUUGUAUGAGAACUUCCACGACUGCUUGGAGAAAGUUGGUUUUGGGUGAUUUGACGUUAAAGGUCUGUAAUGCCUGCGGAUUAUAUCAUAAACGCUUCGGGGUGAUUAGACCACCUGAAUUGUGGGAUGAUGGGAAUGUAAUCAGACGAAGGAGGGCGGGUCCAAGGAAUUCCAGUAUCAAAGAUUCAGGUGGCGAUGAUGUUGGUGACAAUGAAGGUGAAAGACCGAAUAAGAAGGUUAAGAUAGGAAAUGGUGAUGACCAAGUGACCGAAGUUGUAUCCAAUCUCAACACAGAUGGUAUGACAAGUGGAAUGUUGGAUGGGCAGGGUGACGGUCAAAUAUCGAUACCACCAAUGAUAACGCAACAGGAAGAAGAAGAUGGCAGGAGAGCUGAAUUCAAUGCGGCGAUCAUGGAAGGUAUAUCAGCGAUCAAUGCUGCUGCUGAACGAGAAGGGGAUGAAAAUGAGGUUUUAUUAGAUGUGCAAAUGGAUUGA